GAGCAAGGAAAAAUAAACACUGUAACUGGAAGAAUCGUGCACAUGACUUGCCUUAAAUCGUCAUAGAGCAAAUAUCUAUCCCGGUAAUCGUAAACUGAAGUGAAGUGUAUAGUGAACACGUGGACGAUAAACACUCCUAAACCAGGAGAGAGUCCUGGAACAUAUAAACAAAUUUACUAUAAAACCCUAAGUAUCAGAAAACCUAAAAAAAAACAGUGGAACGAUAGCGAGGUAAACCCACCUUUCAAGCAGCACUGGGACGAAGAAGAACUUCACGCAAUUCCAACCGGUAAUGAAUAACAGCACUGAACCCAGCAUUCAAGUAAGAUAAAGCCAGAAUGUAACACUUAUGCAUCUAUAAGAAGAUUCGGACAAUGUGUAGUAUAAGAAAGAAGUAACCUCCUCACACAAGAUGAGCACUGCUAUAGAAGACAUUUCCAAUGGACCAGAUGAUUGUGCUGACAUGAAACAGGAGAUCAGCCACUCCAUGAAAAGGAUGGCGGAUGAGGAGGAAGAUCAUUCUCUAAAAGUGAGCAAAGUUGAAGACAGUAGGGCAUCUGAAAUCUAUAGAUUCGCCAAAAAGCUUCUGAUGACCAAAUCCCCAGAUAUGGAAGAUGAUUGGAAGAGGUUGAGUGAAAUGAAGGAGAAAUAUGGGCCAUCUUUUGCGAGGGAAAUAGAAGGAAUGUUUAAUGACACGGUGGAAUCAAAAAGUCUGAUGUACCACUUCAAAAAAAACAAGGAGGCAGAAAACGUUUCAUUGGAAAUCUACGUAAAUGUCCUAAGACAGGGAUAUUGGCCCAGCCACUUGUUGACAGAGCUCCACUUGCCUUCAAGUAUAGUAAUAUCAAAGCAACUUUUUGCUGAUUUUUAUAAGAAGAAAUACAACAAGAGAAAACUAGAGUGGGUACCAAGACUUAGCUACUGCCUUUUGAAAGCAGCUUUUCCCAAAGGCAGGAAGGAACUUCUUGUGUCCCUCUUACAAGCACUCGUAUUACUCUUGUUCAAUGAUGCUGAUGAACUCACCUUGGAUGAGAUUAAAAGCAGGACCAAUAUUGAGGAAAAUGAACUGAAGAAUACCUUGCAGUCCUUGGCUUGUGGGAAGGCUAGAGUUCUGCAUCAACAUCCACGAGGCAGGGAAGUGUGUGAUGGCAGCUCCUUUUCCGUGAACAAAGACUUCAUCUUCAAGAAGCUGUACCGGAUCAAAAUGAUUCCUGUGAAGAUAACUGAUGAAGAGCAGCAGCAGUUGGAAGAGCCAGCAUCCCAACAGUAUAAACAGCAAGUGGAUGUAGCCAUUGUUAAGGUCAUGAAGACAAAACAGGUUAUCAACAAAGAUCUCUUAGUCUCAGCAGUACAAACCCAGCUGAAGUGUCCUGCUGAGCCAGAAGAUAUACAGAAGAGGAUAGAAGCUCUUAUAGACCUUAAUUACCUGGAAUAUAGUAAAGAAAAACCCAACAGCUAUUGCUACAUCACAUGAUUUAUGCAGAUUCUCUUCUUCUAUUAUGAUAUUUAUGUAAUGGCUUUGAUAAGUUUCACAAGGGAGGCAAAUAACAUGUUUGUCUAAAAUAUACUAAAAGUGUAUAUUGAUAUACUGUGUACACACAAAUUCAAAUAAAUUAUACAUGCCUGUAUAUCUAAUAUAUAUUGUAUAUUUAUUUCAUAAAUUUAUAAAGCUCAAA